AAACCAUUUUAUUUUUAUUUGUUGUUUAGUUCUAUAAGCCUUCGAUUGAAAGCUCUCCCGGUUUCUCACCAAUUCUCCUUGUUUGUUACGAACGGGGAAGGAUUCUUAGUUUUCUUGGUUGAAAGUUUGAUCGAGCGUCUCAGAUUUUCUUUACCUGUAAUGCCGUCGGUGUGAAUUCACUACGGUUUGAAUUUGCUUGUUUUUAGAUUCUGAUCGGCAUUGACACCGAACUGAAGGAGUGAGUCAAGAAUCUGAGUAUCUAGGGUUUUCUAUUCUGUUGCUUGGUGUUUUAGAUGGGGGCUGUGCCUUCUACGCCGCGCCGGACUAGCUCGCGGCCGCAGGAUACGGCGGAGUACUUAAUCGGAACUUUUGUCGGAGAGGAGUCUUUCCCCAUUUCUUCUGAUUUCUGGCAGAAAUUGCUUGAACUUCCUCUUAGCCUGCAAUGGCCGACUCACCGCGUUCAACAAGCUUGUGAACUACUAGCAACAAACAACUACAAGACGAGGCAUCUUGCAAAGAUUUUAAUUCACAUGGCAUUGUGUUUACAAGAGUGCAUGACGAACUCCGGAGCAUCAUCCUUGAAUUAUGAGAAAGCAAUUAACGCGGUUCAUAUCUCAUCCGUUUUCUUGAAGCACUUGAUUGAAAAUGCGAAAAGUGACAGAAUUGAAGAAUUAUAUCUGUCCUUGAACGAUGGUGAAUCAGCAUCAAAAGAUUUCUUAGGAGAUCAAAAACUUGAGGAUUUUGUAAUUCAUUCUGUUCUUGGCUUUAUUGGCUCAGUUAAUACAAGCGAUGAGAAAUACCUCCUCCACGUGGAGCUGCUUAACUUUAUGCUAAUUUCCAUGUCAACUCAACUUCUUUCUGGUCCAUCACCUAGACCAAAGGAUUUUAAUCCAUUUAUUGAUGCAGCCAUGUCUCAGGACAGGGCCUUAGUAAUUGUGGUCAUGCGCAAACUACUACUGAAUUAUAUAAGUCGGCCCAACGUACCUUUAAAUAGUUCUUAUCCCGUAGUUUCUGGUGGAAAUCAGUCUGGCGUCUUGCAGAGAGUUGGUUCUGCAGCAGCAAAUUUUGUGUUAAUGCCAUUCAACUACCUGGUCAGUUCAACUGCCCAAGGCUCAAGAAGUCCAUUGGCUGAUUGCAGUCUUCACGUUCUUCUUGUUCUCAUUCAUUAUCGUAAAUGUGUUGUGAGCAAUGGAUCUGUAGCAAGUGACGAUAGCAUUAGUUCAGAUUCUCUUUUGAAAGAGAAUUCAACCUUUGAUGACAAUCCCUAUUGCAAAGCCUUGGAAAAUGCAUCUGAUGUCGAAUUCGAUCGUGUUGAUACGGACGGAAAUGCACAUAAUGGUCCACUUGUGCGGUUACCAUUUGCUUUACUGUUUGAUACUCUUGGAAUGUGCUUGGCUGAUGAGGGCUCCGUUCUUCUUCUCUACUCAUUAUUGCAAGGGAAUCCUGACUUCUUGGAAUAUGUUCUGGUGCGAACUGAUUUGGAUACAUUGUUGAUGCCCAUUUUGGAAGCACUCUAUAAUGCUUCAACGAGGUCAUCUAAUCAAAUCUACAUGUUACUGAUCAUACUUCUAAUUCUUAGCCAGGAUUCUUCUUUCAAUGCGAGCAUUCACAAACUGAUACUUCCUGCAGUUCCUUGGUAUAAGGAUCGUCUUCUUCAUCAAACAUCUCUUGGUUCUCUGAUGGUAAUAAUCUUGAUCAGGACCGUACAAUUCAACCUCUCUAAGUUGCGGGAUGUAUAUCUCCAUACUACUUGUCUUGCAACAUUAGCAAAUAUGGCUCCUCAUGUCCACCGUUUGAGUUCAUAUGCGUCUCAGAGGCUGGUCAGCCUUUUUGAUAUGCUUUCAAGGAAGUAUAACAGAUCGGCAGAACUCAGAGACAUUAAGGUUGAUAAUGUUAAAACCAACUCCACCGAAGUCAAUUUCCCAACAGAUGAUGCGUCAACUGAGAUGCAUAUUUAUACCGACUUCCUGAGGCUUGUCCUCGAAAUUCUGAAUGCUAUUCUGUCUUAUGCUCUACCACGGAAUCCAGAGUUUUUAUAUGCAAUAAUGCACAGGCAAGAAGUAUUUCAGCCAUUCAAGAAUCACCCACGGUUUAAUGAACUCCUUGAGAACAUUUACACUGUACUAGAUUUCUUCAAUAGCCGCAUAGAUGCUCAAAGAAGGGACGGUGAUUGGUCAGUUGAGAAAGUGCUGCAAGUUAUCAUUAAUAACUGCAGAUCUUGGCGUGGAGAAGGCUUGAAGAUGUAUACUCAAUUACGUUUCACGUAUGAGCAAGAGAGUCAUCCCGAAGAGUUCUUCAUUCCAUAUGUGUGGCAGCUUGUACUAUCAACCUGUGGUUUCAACUUCAAUGCUGGAGUCAUAAAUUUGUUUCCAGCUAAUCUACCUUCAGAAAAAGAAGAUGAUGAAGCUACAACGCAAGAUGAUGAUAAGCAACAAAAAGGUGAGCCUCACAAGUUGGCGAUCUACAUCGAUCCUUAGCAGCAGAUGCAAAGGUAUCACAAUACCCUCUACCCCCGCCCCGGCCCUAUUAGAGAUGUGGAUGGUUUAUGGUGAAUAUGUAUAUAGAUGAAAAUACAUUCAUCCAUUCUUUUCUGUUUAUAUGUUUUGAAGAAAGAAGCCUGUCCACUGUAGAUAAAUCUUUUUGAGGAGAUAAAUUGUGUACUGAAUAAGAGACUACGAGCAAUAUAGUAUCAAGAUAAAA